GGUAAUAAAAAAGCAUGUAAAUUUGUGUCAUAUUUGAGUAGAGUUAUGUUGUUUGCUUUUUAAUGACCUUCCAGCAUGAAUAUUUUCAGAUCUUGCCUUGAACUGAUUUACACCGGUAAACUUUUGCCUGGUUGAUAAUCAAAUACUGCGAACAUUGUCAAGUAUUACUGACAGUUAUUCAAAUGGCACUGCAAUGUUAUUCCUUAAGGCGUCUGCUUUCUCAUGUUCACAUUACGAGCCACUGCUGUGUGAGAUUAAAAUUCGAUCUAUUUCUAAACCAGUUUUCUUUUACAACACUGUCCAUAAAGCCUUGAGAUUUCAAAACCUUAAGAAGAUUACUAUAAACUAAAUCCUGGAGGUACAUAAAAGGCCUGGAGGGGCCAUACUGACUAAAAUGUUAUAUAUAUUAAAAAGUGUAUGUAAGAAUAUAGCACUGUUGCCUCACAGCAAGGUCCUAGGUUCGAGUCCCGGGUUCGAACAGGCAGGGACCUUUCUGUGUGGAGUUUGCAUGUUCUCCCCAUGCCUGCAUGGGUUUACUCCGGGUACUCCGGUUUCUUCCCACAGUCCAAAAACAUGUACAUUAGGUUGAUUGGUAACUCUAAAUUGCCCAUAGGAGUGUGUGUGGUUGUCUGUCUAUAUGUGUGGCCCUGCGAUGGACUGGCGACCUGUCCAGGGUGUACCCCUGCCCUUCGCCCAAUGUGUGCUGGGAUAGGCUCCAGCAGACCCCCGUGACCCUAACUAGGAAUAAAGCAGGUAUAGAAAAUGGAUGGAUUAAGUGACAUGUUUUCUGUGAAAUGACUUUAUUCAUUUUUAUAAAAUGCUUUUAUAGUUAUGCAUUUAGCAAAGUUUCAGCACAAAGUAGUAUAUUGAUUCAGAAGAUUACAUGACCACCUCUGGCCAUUCAAUAUUCUGUAUAUCAGGGGUGUCCAAUCCUAUCCACAAAGGGCCAGUGUGGAUGCAGGUUUUCAUAUCAAUCAAGCAGGACCUGUUUAAUCAGCUGAUCUUGGCUUUCAGUAUGGCUUCUGCUUGGUUGUAAUGAAAACCUGGCCUCACACUGGCCCUUUCCACUUAAGAUUGGACACUCCUGCUGUAUAUUGUGUAAAUGCACCUGAAAUAUGUAUACUGGCUAUUUUUAAAUGUAAUGUAAUUGUACUGCUAUGAAAUUAAAAGAAGGUCAACGACAACAGUAACAACAACGAUUAGAAAGGGCAUAACUUUCACAGAGAAUACAUCAUAUCAUGGUUACUUCACUUCCUGUAAGAGACUUACUAGUCACAGGGGUUAGACUAUUAUUAGACUAUUAUGGACUGUUAAUUGAAAGAUUCCUAUAAUCCCGCUGAGGAUCUUUGCAUAUAAACUGGUUGGAUAUAGAGAUUUAAGGUGUUUUUAAUUAAAGUAAAUACAUUCUUGAUCUAGGCCUGUGAUGGACUGGCAACCUGUCCAGGGUGUACCCCUGCCUUUCUCCCAGUGUAUGCUGGGAUAGGCUCCAGCAGAUCCCCGUGACCCUUAUUAGGAAAAAAGCGGGUAUAGACAAUGGAUGGAUGGACAUUCUUGAUCUAUAAUAUUGAUGUCAUUUAUUGUAGUGCAUUAUUACGCAUAUUGUUUAUAGGUUUCAUGAAAGACGUUAAGACUAUUUGGGCAAAUAUUUGGCAUUCCAUUCUAUUGCUCCCUGUGCAGCAUUCACCACUGUCUCAAAUCACCUUUUCUACGGAUACCUGCUUACUUGGGUCACCAAUUUACCCAGAGACAGGUCAGCAGACAGUAAAUCUGGGAUUAAGUCUUGGUGUGAUACGACAGUGAAGAAAAAAAGGCACCAUUAGAAAGACUCAGACAGUGUAAAGUAAAGAGCAUAUAAAUAACUCCAGUCCUGCUUCCCCGCCAUCGAGCUUACCCACACGGCACGUGCUGGUUUACGUGAAGCUGUCUGUGUUGGGAGUCUACAAAGGAAGUAGGUCAGAAGAGGAGACAGGACAGUCUUAAUGUCUCUGUGAAAACAGUGAUGCUCUUUCACAUUUCUGAGCAGAGUAUUGUAAAAAAUAGAGGUGACCAUCGAUUGUAAAGCAACUUUUGGGGGGAACUCUCACACUCAUCCAAUUGUCAGAGAUGUACUGAACAUGUUUUGUAGGAAUAUGUCAAUUCCUUUGCGCAAAUCAUUUUCAUGUAUACUACAAAAUACACAGGUCUACUAAUAUCACCUACUUCAAAUGCAAAUAAAGGCUGAUCAGAUGAUCUUCAGCUUACACCCCCCAUCCUGCCUAACAUGGUUUCUCCCAGUGCUGCACUAACCACCCCCAUGCACGGUUCUUGAAGUGGUUCAGUCUUGGUUUGCAUUAGUGGUGUGGGAGUAAGUGUGAAGUCAGUCUGGGAUGUCUGUGAGGAGAAGACCACAGAGCUGAAUGUGCACCUGUAUGAAUGUGUGUGAGAAGACAGCUUUUGGACACUUACUGAUCUGAGGACAAGAGAACUGAGAGAACUGAGUUGAAAUUGCAGCAGCAGUCAUGUUUUGUGCAUUUCCUGGCCCGGGGUCAGCCAGCAACUCACUUAUGUAUCAUUAUAGCAAUGGGAAAGAGUCUGCUUCCAGGUCAGUAAUGUUUUUCACCUGCUCCGGAUAAGAAGCCUUUCUGUCGAAGAGCAGCACUCGUCUAAACUGUUCCUCAAAGUUCUACGCCUGCGAAGUGCCGUACUGGGUUCAAUCAAGGUUCUUCUUAUUUGCCCACAUGGCAUAGCUUCAGAAGUCACAAACCAAGUGGGUCUUAAAAGCGCAAGUCCAGCUGUAGUAGAGAGUGAGCCAUGAAGUGAAAUGCCCUGGUUGGUAUGUGGCUGAACUCUGGCAGAUGUUUUCCCCUAGUGCUCUCCACCCCAUUACAACAGCACACAGCUCCCUCCUUUGAUCUGCACACAUGGUGUACUCUCCAUCUCCAAACACAGAGGAGCCAAAAAGAGAUUCUGCUUCAUACUCAUCAUUUAAACUUCCCAGCACAAGCUUCACAAGCCAGUUUUUCGAUGGGACAAACAGCUCUACAGACCCCUGGAGCUCAGCCAGUGGGAUCAGUCAAUCAGGUCACGGAGGCAUGCUGGGAUCCUCAUCACAUAGCCAAUCACUGUCUGGGAACAAUGGCAACCUGCCAGCACAUGACCGUCUGAAUAGACUACCAAACCCAGCACCACCCGAAGUCAGCAAGUGUCUUCCGCCAAUGUCCUCUUUCCACAGAGGAAGUGCUUCGCUUUUUGUUUCUCCACCCCAUACUCCACAAGCCAGUUUCACAGACCGGCCCAUGGGUGGUCAGGGCAACACUGUUGGAGGCUCACACACUGGAGACACUCUUGGGAAAGCCCUGGCUUCGAUUUAUUCUCCUGAUCACACCAAUAGCAGUUUUCCAUCCAGUUCAUCCAUUCCGGGGAGAUCACCAUCACCUCUGGCUGCUUCUACUGUUUCAGCAGGAGCUAAUCAGUGGCCUCGAACAGGUGGACAGACAAUACUGCAAUCAAGUUAUGAGAACUCCAUGCAGCCACUGGUGGAGGAUAGACUGGACAGAUUAGAAGAUGUCAUUCAUGUCCUACGAAACCAUGCAGUGGGUGGGACAAAUAUUAACCUGACCAAUGACAUGCGCAGUCUAAUCGGACUCGCACAGCAAGGACCAGUCACAGUGAGAUCCAACUGCCCCGUCACUGGACUAGUGUCAAAUGGAUUACCAACAGAUGUGUCUGCAGCAGACCCAGGUGAGGCUGCUCAUUUGGGCGCACAAUCUUCUGCUCAUCCCUCCUCUUCUGAUCUGACUAAUCAUGGGGACUGCUUCAGAGCUCUGGCAGCAGGGCUGCUCUCCAGCGUGUCAUCAGGUAUUCUGGAUGUGAAAACAGAGCCAUUUGAUGCGGAAGAUUUUAGACUGCACCAGGCCAGCCGCAGGAAACUGUCUCACCCUCCUCAUUCAAGCCGCCUGUCUCACUCUUCCUCCAGCGGUCUGCACUCUGAUGAAGAGAGUGAUAUCAGAGAGCCGGAAACACCUAGCAGUGAUCCUGCUAACAGGUCCAGCAUCCUUGAGGAUGAGGAUCUGUCUCCGGAGCAGAAAGCUGAGAGAGAAAGGGAAAGGAGGUUGGCAAAUAAUGCUCGUGAGCGUCUACGUGUGAGGGACAUCAACGAGGCGUUUAAAGAGCUGGGCCGCAUGUGCCAACUGCAUCUGAAAUGCGAUAAGCCCCAGACUAAACUACUCAUCCUGCACCAGGCUGUCGCAGUCAUCCUUAGCCUAGAGCAACAGGUUCGAGAGCGAAAUCUGAACCCUAAGACUGCGUGCUUGAGGAGGAGAGAGGAGGAGAAUAUAUCAGCUAUGACACUAGAUCCCCAGUCCAUGCAUACGGUCAUUUUAGCAACACAACCUGAUCAAGUCACUGGCCGUCUCUGACAGCCUCUCUGUGUGUGUGUGUGUGUUUGUGUGUGUGAGAGAGAGAGAGAAGAGGUGGACAAUAAGAGUCUGGUUGAAUUCCUUAAAUAAUAUUUUCUAAUAGCCAGGAAUGUGUAUUUUAACAUUAUUAAAUGUUUGCUUUCCUCUAUAGCACUUUUAUAGCCGUUUGUGUUAUUAUUGACCUUUCACAAUCCCCCCCUCCUAAAAAGAAAUGAAAAAAACCCCUGUUUCACUGUUUAUAUGUACACAGAUACCUGACUAACCUGUUUUCUUGUUUGCAUAUUGCUUUCUGGUCAACCAUUUCCAUCUGAUAUUUUAGCGUUUAGUUUUUCCUAUAAUAACAUGAUUCAUUUUACUAUUACGUUCAUUUUGCUAUGCGACAAACAUAAUGGAGUACGGGACCAAAUACUAAUAUUUUGUUGUACUUUUUUUUUUUUUUUUACAAAUACAUUUUUGUACGUGUAAAUGGAAAGUCUUUGUGUAUACUUCCUACAUA